UCUUAUUUUAUCUCACAGCUAAUUGCAUUCUCGCCUCGGUUACUUGGCGUUACAUAUAUUUCGGACAAUAAUACGAAACCACCGCAAGGUAUUCUCGAUUCAAUAAAACGUGUCACAUACGAGCAAAUAAUUGCGUAAUAAUGCUCAUUGUUCAAAAAGAGAUAGCGGUAAAACCGUCGCACAUAUAUACAAUAUACAUGUCCGUAUAACGCGCAUUGUUCGCCGUUUGUACGCAUACUUGGGCCGGAGCAUACGAAAGUUGUUGUAAUACCACUUUGCCAUUCACUCCCGCGCACCGGCUGUUUAACUUUCAUCAGUGGCCUGAUACCUUUGUAGUAUAUCAUCUGCAAGUAUUAGCAUCAAAUUGAAUCCACGUCGAUGUCUGGGACCCGCAGAAACUACGCGUGCUUGGUCUCAACCGCUGUGCUGUGUGUGCGCGUGAUAUACCGAAUCGCGCCCGCGGAACAUUUCCGCGCGCGCGUCCUGGUUCCCGCCCGCGAGCGAUUUUUUUCCCUUCCCCCCGUUCCAUAUUCAUCGAUCGUCGACUCUCGACUCGCGAAAACGUUCUUUCUCUUCUCGUCGAUCACGCUUCCUUUUUCUCGCUUUUUCGUCGAUUUUCAACCGACGCGACUGCCGUACGCGACGAUGCGGCGACGGCGACGACGACGGCGAUGUAAUGUCCUUAACAUCGAUUUCUCUCUCUCUCGCGGCGAACACUAAAAUAACUGACGUAGCUUCUCGCACACGGCACUACACACAGGACCUAUAUCCUCCCGCACGUCCCGCAGCAUAUUCCCGUUGUCUCAUUUUGAAUUUUCGUCGCUCGAUAUGCCGGAAAAGAUCGACGUCAAUAGGCACUCGCUCACGUACCUUUCACGUUUUUCCGCGCGCAUAUUCAUUUCUCUAUACCUCUUUUCCUUUUGCGAACGUUUCCGUCACCGGCGAAUAUGGGUCUUCCUCUCAUUACUCGUUCCAAGUGACACAUGCUUUACGCUGUCAAAGUUGAAGGACUUCGGCGAUAACGGCAUUCUCGCAGGGGGAUAAAAUAAGGCGAGAUAAGAUCAUUUCUAACGAAAAAAUCGUUUACCCCUUGGCUGGGUCUUUCAAUGGCGCGUCCACCUUUCGAUAGACGAGCGAGCAUGGCAGGGUGGGCUUUGUCCUUUGUCGGGAAAAGGACGAGUUCCCUGAGUGAAACUAAACGUCAGUGUGACGCGACAUUGCGAUUCGUGACGGCGCCGCGCGUAAAACUUCGAGACUGAAUUACGUCGCGGCUCAUUUAGCUUUCUCGGUGCACCUAUUGUCGUGGCACCGAACGGCCAGCCAGCCGACCGACCGACCGACCGACCGACCGAUGACGCGAACUUCGUCAAUUGGAAUAUUUAAAGCCCCAGUGCACGAAGAGAAAGAAGGACAGAGAGAGAGAGAGAGAGAAAGGGGCGAGCAUUAACUACCAACCGAGCUCGAAAGUAAUUUUGAGGCUUCCCUUGCAAUAUGCACGAGGGGAUACGGUCGUCUCUGUGCCUCUCGCGCGCUUUUGUACACUCGGCCCUCGGCUAUUCAUGAGUAGCCCUCGGUUCCCGAGUAAUCGUCCUAUAACGAACGACGUCCUUUCCUCCCCCGAAAGACUUAUAAGAGGGGAUAUUGACAUUCCGGCGAAAAUCGAUCGCCGUCCACUGAUAAAUCCCGACCCGCUGAUAUUUCGCCUCUUGUGACGCCCAUCCUAAUUUCGUGGCACUUCGCGAGCUUCGCGUGACGCGACCGAAAUUCGGAAUUAGACGAUCGUAUUUAACGAUGAGAGAGAGAGAGACCACGGUGGGAAUACACGCCUUGUUGUACGACAAGGAAAUUAACGUCAGUUAUUUCGGCCGAAUUCGAUCAGCGUCAGUUUCACGUUUAAUUUGGAGAAAAUUAUAAUGAGGAGAGGAGAAUCUCAAAUAAGAGUGUCGAAUAGGAUAUGUUUCGCGUUAGAACAACCGAGAUACUUUAAAUUUCAUAUUUGCCGAGGUUCAUUAAUUUGGUAUCUUAAGCUGCUCAGGACGCUAAGUCAAUAUUAUGUCAUAUAGCAAAUUUGCUUUUAACAGUCUACGACGGCGUACGACGACUGAAUUAAGUAGGUUCCAUUGAACGCGGAAAAUCAGAGAGAAAACCAAGUACAUCGGGCGCAGGAGGGUACGAAGACAGACAAAAAUAUCGUCGUGAAAGUUCCUUUGAUAAGCGCAUCUCGAAGGAGGCGCCGUAGCUCGCUGAAGUACGCUGAAGGGCAGUUAAUCCCGGGCGAGGUGAGAUUUUGACGGAUAAAACCGGCGGCUUCCGCGGAGUCCUAGGAACGGAGCAAUGACCAGCGAAAUGCGAGCCAGCGCAGCUUUUGGAUCUUCGUUUUCGAGAGGAAUAUCCGUGUAUUGUAGCCGAAUCCCCAUCGGCAGACGCCGAGCCAGGCACAUAACGAGAGCAUGAGUAGGAUAAGGGCGAAGGGAGACGCGUAUAUAUGCACGACGAACAUUUGUUCAUGUCACCCACGUCGUGAUUCCACCUCGUGUCGUUUCCUCAGCUUCUUCGGACGGCACAUAUCUUCGCGAAGAUCGAAGUGUCGCUCUCGCCAAGCCCGAAUUCGUUUGACGAGAUUUCGCUCGUCUCCAUACCUACGAAUCUUUUUUCCGGAUCGGCCGCUUCGUGGUCGAACAAAUUUCGCGAAAGGAAUGUUUUAUUGUUCUAUAUAAAUCCCCGUCAGCAGGUCAUCAAUAAUUUACGCGACAUUUUCCAUGCGCCCUUUGAAAAUAACUGAAAAUUUUGCGAAGAUGAUAUUCGCCAAAUCAUAUAGCCAAAUGGACACUGACGUGUAAAUGAUUUACUUCAGACAGCGCGAUAGCGAUGCAUAUCGAAAAAACGAUUACUAUUUCGUUUCUGUUCUUUUUUUCCCCGAUAAGCGUUUAAAGUUCCGUUAUUUUCAGCGGGGCAGCGAAAUUGGCGGUAAUUGUUUGAUCGAUAGUUCGCUGUACCAGCGUACGGGGAUGGUCAAAGGUGUUUCGAGUCCGAAAACGAAUAUUUUGAUGAGAAAAGGACUUCCCUUUGGGAGAGAGUUUACCGCGGACUUAAUGCCCGUUGCGAAAGAUGCCUCCGAAGAAGAAGAGAGAGAGCGCGCCGAAGAAAGAGGCUGUGCAAGAGUUGGAACAUUCUGAAUCGGAGCCAGAAGUCACGGAGACAGCCGAGCCGGAGCCUCCGAAACAGGUAUCCUUGCUUACUGGUGAACCCUAUGGACCUCGAAUUCGUCUUGUCAGCGAGAAAGCCGAGGAGGAGAGCUCGGACGACGAGCCGGAGUCCGAGAGCGAGGAAGAGGCCAGGUAUCUUCAGGAAGAUCACCCGGAAGUGCCUUCCGAAUUCUGGCACAUACAGAAGCUCAUCAAGUAUAUGAAAGCCGGCAACCAGACCGCCACUAUGGUAUCCUUGUGUUUACUGAAGGAUUACGAUCUCACCAAUAAGAUCAUACAGAAAGCUAUCCAAGAAAUGGGCGGUCUCGAAGUUCUAGUAAAUCUUCUCGAAACGAGUGACAUCAAAUGUCAGAACGGCUCGUUGUCGGUCCUACUGCAAAUUGCGACUUCCACGGAUAUGAAACGAUAUUUAAUCGACUUGGACAUCACGACGCCAUUGAUCCAAAUGCUGAAGCAUCCCGCUAGAGAUAUCCAGAUUUUGGCAGCCGAAACGAUGGCCAUUAUAGCUCGAGUCAGAAAGGCUAGAAAACAGAUCAGAAUUCGCGGUGGAAUACCGCUAAUACUGGAUGUAAUGGAUGUGCCGGACGAGGUUCUCCGCCGGUCGUACGACGAAUUGAGCGAGGCUAGCAAAGAACUCGUGGCCGUCGCUAUAGGCUGCGCCAAGGUCUUAGAUUCCUUGGGCAGUAGUCCGAAGGUCAAGGAGGAACUUCGCCAACACGGCGUCGUUCGUUUGAUGUCGCGUUUCCUGAGAUCGAAACACACUCAGCUGAUCGUACCCACGAUGGGCGUCGUACAGCAGUGCGCUGAUCUGAAUGUUUUCAGGGAGGCGUUUGAGCGAGUGGGCAUCAUCAACGAUUUGGUGCGACAUUUGAAGAACGACAACACGAAGUUGAAGGAGAACUCCGCCCUGGCCAUCUUCAAGUGCGCCUCGAAUCGGGAAACUCGAACGAUGGUGCGUCGAGCCGGUGGCCUGGAUCCACUUUGCAAACUCGUGCAGAGCGACGAGGUGCACGCCAACAAGCGUCUGCUAGCUGCUGUCACUGGCGGUAUUUGGAAAUGCGCCAUCAGUCCGGAGAACAUAAUGAGGUUCAAUCAGAACGACCUCGUAGCGUCGUUGGUGCCUCUGCUCGAGGAAAACGAGGACGAGCGGGUGUUGGCUAACGUCGUGGGCGCCCUUGCCGAGUGCUGUAAGGAUUCCGCUAACAGGGACGUCUUGAGGACUAACGAGGGUCUACCGAAACUGAUUAGAUUGUUGAGCGCCACGUACGAGCCAUUACUGGAGAACGUGCCGUUGGUGCUGAAAGAGUGCGCCGUCGAUGAGAGAUGCAUGGACAUUAUCAACGACCCGGAGCAUCGGCUGGACGGCGUGCGAUUAGUUUGGUCCCUGCUAAAGCACCCCAGCGAUGUCAUCAAGCGUAACGCCUGCCUCGCUCUGGUACCCUGCAUACGGCACUCCAAGGACUCGCCGGAAAUGGUGCGUGCCUUCGUGGGCGGCCUGGAGCUCACGGUCAGCCUCCUGGAGAGCAAAGACACGGAAGUGCUCAGCGCGGUCUGCGCGAUGAUCGCGGAGAUCGCUACCGAUCCUGAAAACCUGGGUAUCCUGACGGAUCACGGCGUCGUGAAAAAACUGGCUGCCCUCGUGGAAACUGACGAUGAGAACUUGCGCGCUAAUCUGACAUUGGCGAUAGCCUAUUGCUGCGAUUGGGAUCGGAACAGUUAUGAAUUCGGCAAACUGAACGCUGUCGCGCCGCUCGUUAAUUACAUGAUCAGCAAGAACAAGGACGUGUUGAAGGGUGUUUGCAUUGCCGUGUACCAUUUGAGCAAGGAGCCCUUAAAUUGCGUGACCAUGCACACCUGCGGCGUUAUCAAGCACGUAUUGCGUUUGGUGGGUUCGGACGAUCCAGAGGUGCAGAUUGCAGCUGCGUCCACUAUUCGUCAUAUAAGGAAGCUCGCGUUGACUGCAGAGAAAUUCCACUUCAACGAAAUGAGCUCAUUACAGGAAAUCGAUUUCCGUUUGUGAAUGAUGUCAGUUAUCAGCGGAAAAGAAAAAAAGAGGAAAAAAAGAGGAAGAAAAGAGGAA